AUGAGGGAGGUUCGGUUUUCUUGGAUUGUGGGAUUGUUCCUAUUUUUUUUCCACGUGUCUUCGGCUGCUCAGUACGUGCCACCUGCGACUUGGGAAAAUGUUGAUUAUAAGAGAACAAUAGACGUAUCGAACGCUUAUAUUUCGGAAACAAUUGAAAUAACUAUCAGGAACAUAGCGACAGAACCAGUGACUGAAUACUUUACAGCCUUUGAAAGUGAAAUUUUCGGUAAAGUUUCCUUUUUUUCAGCUUAUUUCACCGACCAAGCAAUCUUUUUAAAUAGCCAACUGCUCGCCAAUUCGACCAUGGUGGCUGGUGAUGAUGGUGAAAAUGAUAUUAGAUACGGUAUCAUUCAAUUUCCGAAUGCAAUUUUCCCUCAGGAAGAAAUAUCUUUCGUGAUAAAGAGUUUCUAUAAUACUGUCGGUAUUCCUUAUCCUGAGCAUGUUGGUAUGUCAGAGGAACAACAUCUAUUGUGGGAAACAAACAGAUUGCCCAUUUCUGCAUAUGAUACCAAGAAGGCCUCACUUACGUUGAUUGGCAGCUCUUCAUUUGAGGAAUUUCAUCCUCCAACUGACGCGAGCUUACUGGGAAAAGCUAGUAGCAACUCUUUUGAAUUUGGACCUUGGGAAGGUAUUCCGAGGUUUUCUGCAAAUGGAAGGUUAGCAGUUGUUUAUUCUCACAAUGCCCCAUUGAAUCAAGUAGUCAAUUUAAGAAGAGAUAUCUGGCUUUCUCAUUGGGCCUCUACAGUACAAUUUGAAGAAUAUUAUGAAUUAACGAACAAAGCUGCAAAACUGACCAAAGGAUUCUCAAGAUUAGAAUUAAUGAAACAAAUUCAAAGUCAAAACAUGGGACAAACUCACUUUGUUACUGUCUUAGACAUGUUGCUACCAGAAGGAGCUACUGACCAUUACUUUACGGAUUUGGUUGGACUUGUUUCCACCUCGCAUGCAGAACGUGACCAUUUCUUCAUAAGACCAAGAUUCCCAAUAUUUGGAGGUUGGAACUAUAAUUUCACCAUCGGCUGGACUAAUCAAUUAUCCGAUUUCCUACAUAUAUCUUCCAGCUCAGACGAGAAAUACAUUGCUUCUAUCCCAAUCCUUAAUGGCCCACCGGACACUGUAUAUGAUAAUGUUGAAUUAUCGGUAUUUCUUCCAGAAGGAGCCAGAAUUUUUGAUAUCGAUUCUCCAGUCCCUUUUACGAAUGUUUCCGUAGAAACCCAGAAAUCAUACUUUGACCUAAAUAAAGGUCACGUUAAACUAACCUUCAAUUACAGAAAUUUGAUUACGCAAGUUGCCAAUGGUCAAGUCCUGAUCAAGUACGACUACUCGAAAAAUUCUUUUUUCAAAAAACCUUUGUCUAUUGCUUGCUAUAUCUUCACCGCUCUAAUGGGAAUUUUCGUCUUGAAAACUUUGAAUAUGAACGUGACAAACUAA